AAAUCAAUCUCAACUUACCGUGCAAUACUUGGAUGCCACGUUUCGCUUAUUUCCACUCGUCAGGUCCGAGCGGCUGCACUCGAGACACACUCCAUCAUAAACCUUUUCGGUGCUACAAAUUCAUAAGCCUUUUCACCUCUGCAAAUUAAGAUCUCCCCGGGAAAGAUCGGAAAAACAGAAAAGAAGAAAGAAAGAGAAGAUAUCUCUUUGAAUCGAACUCAGAUUGUUCUUCAAAUAAUCUCAAAUCGUAAUGUUAUCACUUUCAUUCUUGCUACUCAAGCCGUAGAUCCUCGCCGGAACUUGCAGAACAGUUCCAUUUUUCUUCAUUUCUAUACGAAUUUGCGUGUUUUCCGUUUAAAUUUCUCGAUUACGUUCUUGUUGGGUAAUGUAAUGGAAAGUUUCAGUGCGGAAGAUCUGUCGACGAUCGGAGGUAUAGCGACAGUUUCGAUUCUACAUUCCUUCAUUCCCACGCACUGGUUGCCGUUCUCCAUUGUUGGACGCGCUCAGAAAUGGACUCUUUCUCGGACCGUACUUGUCACUGCAUUUGGAGCUGUUCUGCACGUGAUAUCCACCUCACUUCUUGGUAUAACAGCAAUCACCAUGGCAAAUACAAUUGCAGGCGAGGAAACAGUGCAUAAACUUGCUUCGUUGUUGCUUGUAAUUCUUGGCAGUGGUUAUGUUUUGUUGUUUCUCUCUGGAAAGGGUGGUCACAGUCACUCCCACAACCAACCCAUGGAGAAAAUGGCUGUUGCUGGGCUUGUCCUCGUGCCUGCAUUAUCUCCUUGUGCAACAACACUUCCAGUUUUCCUUGCUGUUGGGAAUUCAUCCUCUAUGAUGGUGCUUGCUAUCAUAGUGCUGCUACUGAGCACUAUAACUGUGAUGACUUCUCUUGUGGCUCUUUCGUUUUAUGGUGCAAGCCAGCUCAAGUUUCACUGGGUAGAGCGAUAUGAUAAGCUUCUUGUAGGUUCUGUCCUAUGUCUUGUAGGAAUAUUGACACUCAUUUUUCAUGAUCAUCAUGGCGAGGGCGGCUCUGUUGGAGAACAUUUUCAUAAUAGGAAAAUUAUUGUUUGAUGAUUCUUGGUAAUCCUGCAACCCGUGUUUUGGCAAGGUUACUUUUUUAUUUGAUGAGGUUAAGGACCAAUAUAUGUAAAACUACUUUGAUUAAUUUGUUGUGCCAUAAGCAGUUCUUGAGAAUGUUUCAUUGCACUUUUGUGUACAGAUCGGUGCAUCAGCCCUUUGUGUGGAUGUGUCUGAUUAUUAUACUCGAAUUUGUUAUUCUGUUUCUACUGCCCUAAUCUUUGGUUGUC